UCAACACUCCACCACGCACGCGCGAUCCGCGCACGCGCAUAAACCAAUACCAUAUCGUGUCAUCACAAAACAUUUUUUAAAUUCUUUUCAAAUAUUUUUGAACUAUUAUCCUUUAGUUUUUUUUUUCUAGUGUUGUGUCAGUGAAUGUGAAACGGACUGUAUUAUUUUUUUGUUUAGAAAGUGUUCCUACCUGCCAGGAGUGUUUUUCUAUAGUCCACCGAUGGCGCUACGGUGACCGAAAAUGUCGGUCCGCGCACUAGCGCUAUGGUGCGUGGUGGUCGCGGUGAGCGCACGCGCCGCCGCCUACACCGUCGACUGCAACCACGAGUACACCGACUGUGAUACUGAACUCAGUAAAAUAACAGGAGAAGAAGAUGACGUAAGAGCGAACAACAGACAAUCGCCGCAAGCACAGCGACAACCAACAACAGAGGCUGCAAGCCUACAACCUCAAUCAACAACACCAACAACAACGACCACAACAACGACAACAGAACCAUACAUAGAAACAACAACAGAAAGAAGAAUAGACCCAGAAACUGAACCCACACCACUAUCAGAAGUUGGUGAUCCAAUUUUACCAACCCAAGAAACUAUCAAACCAAGAGCAAGACUGUUACAUUUAAAUGUAGACGAACUACAAAACUUUGCUAUUGCACUGCACAAUGAAACGAAUGCAAAAGGACAAAAGAAACAUUUGACAGAUCUCAGCGAUGUUAAUUUGGAUGUAGAUGAUGACGACGAACCGAGGAUGAUACCAGUUGAACAUAAGCAUAAGGAUAUGCCUGAGAAGUUCUAUGCUAAUCUGCAGGCUCCAUUCCAUCCGCUGAUGACGGUGGAACGAGGGUCGGAGGAGAUGGACACGUGUAAAGAGAAUGAGAUUAUUUAUAAGAUUGGUGAACGAAUGGACCGUGGUUGUGAGGAAACAUGCGAGUGCAUAGCGGGAGGAAUAUUUGAUUGCUCUCCACGCUGCAAGCACCCCUACAUCCGACGUGGUAGAAGAUUGAACGAUCCUCUCUGCUUUGAGUCUCCGGUCGACGAGUGCUGCUCCAUUAUAGCCUGUGCUACUGGAAAUACAGGUAGAAAUGAAAAUGGGAAGGUCUCGAAGAUUGCUAUGUGUCGCUAUGGAAAUGAAACGCAUCCGAUUGGAUCCACCUGGCACAUUGGGUGUGAGCAGUCGUGCACUUGUGAACCGAACUCUAUUGUAACUUGCAAACCCAGAUGCAAGCCCCUGCCUGUUUCGGACAAGUGCAUCAACGUGCAGGAUCCAAACGAUGCGUGCUGUGAAGUUCAAGUCUGUGACGUCAGCCACGAUGCCCACGAGGAACCGGAGAAUACUACCACUUCUACUACUACAACUACCACUACCACCACUAGUACCACUACUGAGAUGAUCAAAGGCUUCGAAGAAUACGACGAGCAAAUUGAAAAUAUCCAAAGACCUCUAGUACUAACGGAACCUAUAGGUUCAGUGAAGGUACUGCAGAACAACUCUGUUCAAGUAAAUCUAAUGCAUUUGAACCAAAGUGAGGAUCCUAUCCACCUCCUCCUAAGCAAUGAUGGUGGAAAGUCCUUCAGCGACGUGGAAUUAAAGUAUUCUAACCUGAUCCUGAAUUUAGAAGGUGGAAAAGAUUAUAUACUGAAGACUAAGGAAACUGGAACGAAGUUCAACUUCACUAUAACAGCUUCUGACAAUGGACUUAAUGAAGUGCCUAAUGAGGAUAUCCAUAAUGUCUCCAAACUUGGGUGUUAUCAUGCUGGACAGUUUUAUGCUAUUGGUGAUGAAUUCCAUAUUGGUUGUUCGGAGCUCUGCGAAUGCACUGGUCCAGAUACACAUGAGUGUGCAGCACUUGUGUGUCCUUCCCACGUCGGCCUCGAGCUGGUCUCCAAAGGCUGCGUGAGAUGGGCACCUUCUCCUCCAGCUACUCCACCGAACUGCUGCCCCAGGACCGCCAGAUGUCUGAGUGAUGGGACCUGCCAUUAUAAAGGCGUUGCUGUGCCCAAUUGGAGUGAAGUGCCAAUAAGUUUAACUGGUUGUGAACAACGUUGUUUCUGUGAGAAUGGAGAGCUGGACUGCCAGGAGGUGUGCUCGCCCCUCCCUGCUGUACCUCCUCAAACGCUGCGCUGUCCUCCCGCCCAUCGGCCAGCUCCCGUCAACAUAUCCGACGACGAUUGCUGCAAGCAUUGGGGAUGUAUACCUGGUCACACGACAACGGAUGGACCAUCUCAGCAGUCAUUCCUUCCAACCAUACCUCCUGAGAUCCACUUCCCUCAUGAUGAGAACAUUCCGGACUACGACCAGAACAACAUCCACAGACCUGUAGGUCCUGGUGAGCCUGCAUUACAGGGUCUACCACCAGGUCUGACCCUUCCUCCAGGAUACGGAGACAUGAACAAGAAGCUGACUGUCAUUUCCCUGCAAGCGGAUUCUCCUACCAGUGUGAAGAUGCUGUUUGGACUUCCACCUGUACUGGUGGGAUUGAGAGGCAGUGUCGAUUUGAGAUAUACUGAUAAGGCUGACGAAGACAUUGCCCAUUGGUUCUCGCAAGUGUUCGCACCAGCAGACGAGAUCCUGACCACGCCCCGUCUAGAGUUCAGACUAACCGGUCUCUCUCCUGGCACAACUUAUAAGAUCAGAGGAAAACUAUAUCUCCACAACCUUCCAGUGGAACCUGAAAGUGAGAUCUAUACAGUACGGACUCUGGAUUCGCCUUCGGCCACUCCAACAGUAGAAGAGAAACGUCGCGAGAUCGACAGUCGCUUGACGAUGAUGGAUGUCAAUGACACCGUGGCUCAUGUCACGUGGAGACGGUUUGGCGAAGAUGAGCUGCAGUUCAUAGACGCUAUUCAAGUCAGAUACCGUCCAGUUGGUACUCCGAUCUAUAGCAUGACAGAACUCCUACACCACAGUCGGUCCAUGGCUGAGCUACAUGACUUGCGACCUGGUAGUCGGUACGAGGCAUCACUCGUGUUGGUACCGCCUCCUAAAGCUACCACUGAGCUUGUCGAUCCUGGCAGAAUUGAGUUCACCACCGCUCCUUAUGUUGACCCAUAUAAUUGGACGGUGACCAUCGAGGCUAGGACAGUAGGUUCAGAAGCUGCAGAAGUAUGGUGGCGUGGUAUUCCGUCACCAGCUGAGCGCUGGGUUCGAGUCUACCGCGGAGCUCACGCUUGUGGUUCCAAGAGAGAACAGGAUGAAUUCCGCCUGGCUACCAGAGAUCUGCCACCGGCAAUUACUCUUACUGGAUUACAGCCUAACACGAAGUGUCGUGUAUGGCUCGAAAUGUUCCUGACGAACGGUAAAGUGAAGACUAGUAAUGUUUUGGAAAUCAACACAAAACAUGAAGAUUCUCCUGAACCUAUUGACAACGAGAUAGAAGCCUCGUCAGUGGCCAGUCGUCACCGCGGCGACUACUACGGCGCGCUGGUGGGCGUGGGGGCGGUGGCUGCCCUCGGCGCGCUCACCUCGCUGCUGCUACUCCUCGUGGUGCUGCGGAGACAUCGACCACGAUCCGUGCCUAUCACUACUGUGCCAUCUGCUCCUCGAGAGUCGUCGCUCCCGCCGUACGACAACCCAGCAUACAAACUAGAGUUACAACAGGAAACCAUGGACCUCUGACAGUUAAGUUCCCGUGGGCACAUGAAUGGCCUCAACGGGAUCUCCGAGCGCGGCGUUGAUGUAGACAUGCACAACGGCAGGCCAUACAAUGAGAUGGGCGUUUGAACCCAUACAACAAACUAAACAGACCGAUACCUGUUUACUAACCAUAAAAAAAUAUAUAACACGAACUUUAAAAAUGUGUUUGUGAGAUACCAUACAACAUUCAUACAAAUAAAUGAUGAAUAACAACGCCGUACAAGAAUUGUAUGGUCAUAAUGUGGAAGCAAAUAAAUUAAUAACAAAAAUUUGCAUGGGACCAUACAAAAAUGUGACUUUAGUAAAGAACUGUGAAUUAAAGUGAAUCGGUGACGAACGCUUUUGUACGUAUUUGUAUGUUUUACAUGAUUCUAAGUGUUCUGUACCUUAAUUUAAUAAAAUUUGUAUAAAAUAAGGUAGCUAGAUCAUACAAAAAAUGUAUGGAAUUAAUUACGUUUUAUUGUAAGUGCUAUGAAAUUCGUUACAAUUCAUUUAAAAAUGUGUAAACAUAAAUAUAUUUGUCAUAGUAAGUUAUACGGAUUCCUAAUAUUAAAAUGCAGUAGAUUAUUUAAUUUCUUCCCCAUAAAUUAAUCAUAAAUAAAUACCCGAUGUGAUAUCCCAUAAAUAAAUAAGCUGACACUUAUUAUUGUAUUUAAUUAAUUUUAUGUCCAUUGAAAUACAAUCAGCCUAAGUAAUUGCAAACCUAAGAUAUUUUUUUAAAUGUGGCUUAGUCGUCGGUUGUAGGCUGUAGAAUUAUCAUACGGCCUUUAUUUCAUUCUAUUUUUAAUCUGUAUUUUAGUAAAAAGUAUUUGCAAUUUUAUUUCUUGGUUAAAUGGUUUUUAAAAAUGUUUUGUGCCUUUGAUUCGGUUCAUUUUUUUUUCUCAGCUAUCGACGACGGCUUGGCAGGACUAAGAUAUAUUCAAUAUUUGUAUAUAUAGUGUAAUAAAUAGGUUCUGUACUUAACUCCAAUACCCUGUGUAUAGCUAUAACUAUUGUAAAAUAAACAAACUGUCCGAUACAUUUGUUAAUGAAAAUUAAAUGUUAAAAAAUUUA